AUGUAUAGUUGCACGCAGUGAGCAAAGUGAGGUGGGUUGCUUCAGCCGCACGCCGUCUUGUGACUCUCUCCUUCAGAGCCUUGAGUGAUCAAAUCGAGAAAAGCUACUCAGCGCGUUCAGACUGCUGCCGCUGAUCCACAAGGAGGAUGUGAGUAAGCAUCAAUGCCUCCUCCAGGUUAACUCUCACCCAUCGGCCUGGCUUCAUCUCGCUACCGGGCCUCCUCCAUCCAUCGCUGAGAGAAUGAAAGGAUGGCCGAGCAUGGAGGCGGGCUGCAUGGAGGACUGACGGAUGCUGCGAGGCAGCUCGAUGGGCCUCAACACCACGCAGCAAUGACUUCCACGGAGGACCCGCGGUCGGAUGAUCUGUCUUUAGAGGAGAUACUCGGGCUUUACAGCCAGCCCAUCAACGAAGAGCAGGCUUGGGCCGUAUGUUACCAGUGCUGUGUGACGCUGUUGAAAGAACAGCCGAGGAGGAGAUGCUCCGAGGCGGCGGCGGCCACGGCGAGGAUAUCAGGACCCGGAGAUGUUCAGAUUGGAAAGGACGGAUCGGUCAGUUUGCACAAACAAAGCUGUGAAGGUAAAUACCACCCAAGCACGCCAAUAGAGGUGAUAGAGUCUCUGGGCAUCAUGAUCUACAAGGCUCUGGACUAUGGACUGAAAGACAAUGAAGAGAGGGAGCUCAGUCCUCCACUAGAGCAGCUCAUUGACAUGAUGACCAACAUAGCGGACGUCGAAAGGGACGUCUGCCCUGAUGAAGGCUAUGAAGCAACUGAGGAAGAAGAUGAGGCAGAUGAUGACACUGACAGCAUUUCUAGUGUUCAUGGCUACAGAGGUAUCCUCAAGCUGUGCACGGAUCGCCUACCCAGUCAGUCGGACGCUCCAAGUCACUACCAGGCAGUUUGCCGGGCUUUGUACACAGAGACCAGAGAAUUACGGACUUUCUUGGACAAGAUCAAAAGUGCCAAAGAGAAUCUUCGUAAGAUGGAAGAGUCAACAGAAGAUCCCAAAGGAGAUCUGAAUGACUUACAAAAUGCUGACUGGGCUCGAUUCUGGGUUCAGGUGAUGAGAGACCUUCGAGAAGGAGUCAAGCUGAAAAAGGUGCAAGAGCGUCAGUACAACCCACUGCCCACUGAGUACCAGCUUACUCCUUACGAAAUGCUCAUGGAUGAUAUCAAGUCCAAACGCUACAAAUUGCGCAAAGUCAUGGUGAAUGGAGACAUCCCGCCCAGGCUUAAGAAGAGUGCUCAUGAAGUCAUAUUGGAGUUCAUUCGUUCCAGACCACCCCUUAACCCCGUGUCUGCACGUAAACUGAAACCACCGACUCAGCCUCCUCCCACCCUGCAUGAGAGGAUCUUAGAGGAAAUAAAAUCUGAGCGGAAACUUCGACCCGUGACUCCAGAUAUGGUCCGCAGGGGACGGAUGGUAAUUCGGCCACUUAGCAUGUCUUUCAGUUUUGAUGCGUCAGGUUUUGGCAAAACUCGCAGUAUGCCACAGGACUUGUUCCGUACAGGAAUAGAUGAAUUUAGUCCGUACAUGGGCAGGAGGACGUCCAGCACUCUGUCCUUGACUAUUGAACCGGCAUCUCCCAAAGCAGAACCCUACGGCUCUCAGUCUGUACCCCAGAGGAAGAAGCUUUUGAAGGCUCCCAGCCUUGCCGAACUCGACACAUCUGAUUCUGAUGAUGAGCUUUUAGGGCACAGAUCAGCCAGCACUUCGAGUGUUGCAACAUCUCUCAUGGAUGACACAUCUCCAGAGUCAGCACUGGGAAAAAAGACUCCACCACAGUUCCUGCCCAUCUCAUCUACACCACAGCCAGAGAGACGGCAGACCCCUCAGAGGAGACACUCAAUCGAGAAAGAAACACCGACCAAUGUACGAGCAUUUCAGCCACCCUCCAAACAGAAUUCUAAGUCUCUGGAGGAGUUUUGUUUCCCUGUCGAGUGUCUGUCUCUGACAGUGGAGGAGGUGAUGCACAUCAGGCAGGUUUUGGUAAAAGCAGAACUAGAGAAAUUUCAGCAGUAUAAAGAAAUCUACACCGCUAUGAAGAAGGGAAAGCUUUGCUUCUGUUGUCGGACCAAAAGAUUUUCCUUUUUCACUUGGUCGUACAUCUGCCAGUUUUGCAAAAAGCCUGUGUGUUCACAGUGUUGCAAAAAGAUGAGAUUGCCAUCCAAACCUUAUUCCAGUCUUCCCAUCUACUCCAUUGGCUCUACGAACACUGUACCCAGUGAGAGGAUAAGUGGCAUGACUGGAGGACAGGCUGCAGGCCCGCUGACUUCUGUUGUGGGUGGAGCAUCAACAGCUACCACAUCCAAAUCAGAAGCCAAAAGAUCUGGAAAAGCUUCUGGAGCAGUUAAAUCUGCUAAAUCCUCCAGUGGCCAUAGACGGCCGAGCAUCCACAAGACAAUGUCCAAGCUAACCAAGCACGGCUCCUUAAAGUCUCACGAAGCACUUGAGCUUCCAUCAGAGCUGACUGAAGACUGGGCCACCAUGGAGGUGUGUGUCGACUGCAAGAAGUUCAUCACUGACAUCAUUGCCUCGAGCAAGCACAGCCUGUCACUGGCUACCAAAAGAGCCCGCUUAAAACGUAAGACGCAGUCCUUGUACAUGUCCUCGCCGAAAGGAAGGGAGGAGUACCGGCCCUCUGAGCGAACGAUCAGCGAGAUCUAAACCGCCUCCAUCUGUCUCUCCGGCCACUUCCAGCUCGUCAUCAAUAAUAAAACUGUGGCAGAUGGGGAUUUUCUUGCGGUGUCGUCAUCAUUGUGUACAUCUCCUCUAGAUGACUGUCUUCUGUACAUCUGCAAUCAGUUUCAUCAUAUUAUGGACGUCCGUGUAAUUUCCGCUCAGUCAGGAAAAAAGACAACAAUCGUGCUGACAUUUGUCAAAGUGGAAAACUCUCCUCGUCUUGGAUGGCACGGUAGGGUGGUCUACCGCAGCUCACACUUGAGUAAGCACAAGAAGAGAGUUGUGGCCUUUACAGCAGUCAUUGGGUCAAGUGUGAGUGCUUCUACCACUUUGAAAUAUUACUUUUUUUAAAAAUGAGUUUCAAUUUACUUUUGUAUGAAUUUGCCUAUACCAGACAUCACCAACUGUGGUCCCGGAGGGCCUCUGAUCCUGCGUGUUUGAGAUGUUUCCCUCCUUCAACACACCUGAUUCAAAUGAUCAGCUUAUCAACAAGGUCUACGGAAAGCCUCAUCAUGAUGCUGAUCGUUUGAAUCAGGAGUGUGGGAGGAGGCAGACAUCUACGGUGAAACUGGCAUGACAUGUGCCCUCGAGGACCUGAGUUGGUGACCCCCCCUGGUUUGUACAGUCAGAUGAACUCUUUUGGAUGAUGACUUCCCUGCCAUGUAUCGCUAGAAUAUUAACUCAAUUCAGUAUUCCAAGUUGCUUGUUAAUUUCAAUCAUUUAUUAUCGAAAAUGUACAAACCUCAUUCUAAUUAAAUUAGGACCUUGUAUUAAACAAAUCAAAACAGAAUACAAUGAUUUACAAUUCAUGUUCAAUCUAUAUUUCACUGAAUACCCUCCAAAGAGGAGAUCAUUAAUGUUCAAACUGAUAUAUUUUAUUGUUUUUGGUAGGGUAUUAAAUUAAAUUAUAGGCUGAACAUGGUUUGCAAAUCAUUGUAUUGUUUUUAUUUAUGUUUACGUCCCAACCUCAUUGGAAUUGGGGUUGUAUUUUUGUGCAGUUGUUGUGCCAUAAGAUGACAUACCCUGUAUGUUGUGCUUCAUUUGAACCACAUCACUUUUUUCUUGCUCCAGCAUGAUAGGAUCAAACUCUUCAAACCCAUAUUUAUUACUGUAUAUCGCUUCAUCGUUAUGUGUAUCCCUGAGUUUAAAAAAAAACAAUUAAUCAUAAGAACUGCGUGGUCUGAUAAAAUAACACUCAUCAGUUUCUUUAUUUGAACUUAAUUGUGCAAUUUAACAUUUAAAACUCAUCUGUUUUUUUAAUAAGCUCUUGUGAAAAGCACAACUAAAAUAGCUACAACACAAGCAAGCAGGUUUUGCAAUUAUGUUUUACAAGUUUUAAAAUGUGCAUUCUUGUGCAUGAACAGACGUACUAUUACCAUCAUGAUAAUUUUUCAGACUUUCCUGUCAAGCCCUUUAUUUCAUAUAGCUGCUUUCUCUCCAUUUUUAUAUUUGACAUGUGUAAACUUGCUGCUCUUACUGGGCACUAGCAAUACAGAAUAUACAUUUCGUUCACUUUUUAUUUUUAUUUUUUACGUGUUUUUGUACAGUUAAACAGUGGAGACAAUAAGCUACUGUAUAUAACUGUAAUUUAACAAGUUCAAUAGGUCUUGAUGUUAUGCCUUCAAUAAUGUUCCUUUGCCAUCCUGAAAUUGACUUGCUGAAAAUAAAUACUGGAUGGUUCUAUUUUUGGAUUUUCUGCCUUAAAAAUGUCUUACAGUAUAUGAUCGUGCUAAUAUACUGGCAGUCAUCUACAGGUACGGUAUGCGUUUUUUGUCAGAUGAUAUGCUGGCUCACUAGGGGACAAGAGAAGCAUCAGUGUGACAGCGUCAUGCAUGAAUCGUGUCGCUUGUACAUUCAGUGUAUUACCAUCAAGCUUGAGCUCCCUGACAAGAGUGCUUUACAAGUGAUCGACAAUAAACAAAUGCAAUACCUACA